AUGGAUAAUACAAUGGAGUGUUCUGACUUCAAUACCGCACAGACUGCCACUAAAUCCUUCAACUCCUCUCCACCAGUUGCGAAAAGGAGACGGCUAGACAACAAUGGAGAAGAUAACCACAACAACGACGAAAAGAAAGCUCCAAGCUCUUCAUCCGCUGACCACUCUUCUCGUUUGGUUGUCAAUUCGGUUCUGGAUCAAAUUGCCAAUGCUGACAAGCUACUUCUAGUCAACCUUUUCAUGGAGAACUUGAAAAGCUUUCUUCAAGACAGAAGUGGGACAACCAUGGGCUCAAAUGAUCCCAAAGGCCAACAGUUCGUUGACACCUUUCUAACCCUUGAUGGAUGCAGUGUCAUUCUUCAUACUCUCAAACGAUGGGUCGAUAAGGGUACCAAUGAAAACAAUACCAUUGAUGAAGAGACCGCGGCCUUUGUAUCAACUGCAUUGGGCUUCUUGGUCCACACAAUGGCAUAUAACCGAAGGGCAGCUUUUCGCUUCCUAGAUGUGAAGGGCCUUCACAUCACACAAUUGCUUAUGCAGAUAUGUCAGAGUGCGCCAUUUGACACGGUGAUCCUUGGUCGAGCAAUCUCUAUAUGGGGUAAGCUCAUGACGAAUGUUACUCGAAGAGAAGAUGUUCUGGUUGAGAACUUUUCCAACUUGAUAUUGAACAUCAUGCACCUACAUCCUCAAUGCGAACGCAUUCAGCGAUACGGAUGCAAGUUCUUUGCAUCACUGGCAACCACACCGCAAAACAGCGGAGAAGUCCAAGACUUCGACAGGCAGAAGCUUCGACAAGUGGUCGAACUGGCGUUGCUGUCCUACCGACACAAGGAACGAACCUACUAUUGGUGUCGCCAGUGUACAACUCUUUACUCGGCUGGUCAACUGGUUAGAGAUGAUGGAAAUACAAGCUCAGGUACUGACUCAUCUCGAAACUCAUCAAGAGCGUCAUCGGACACCUUGUCACAAAAGUCAUCACAAAACGUUCCGGCGGGUCAAGACCUGGUCCUGAACAGGGAUCUCAACAGGGAGGACGGUGAGGUUACUGACUCAUCUCGUAACUCAUCAAGAGGCUCUUCAGCUGAUAAACUUGACGGUGACGAUGACGGGGACACAGGUUCCGGUACUGACUCAUCCCGUAACUCAUCAAGAGACUCCUCAUCAGAUACCUUGUCCUCGCGAAACUCUUCGUCUGGUGGUGAAAUGGUCAGAGGCGUUGAGGUUACUAACGCAUCACAGAGCUCCUCACGAGACGGUUCAGCUGCACCAGUCGUCAGUGCCGAUGGUGGGAAUACAAGCUCAGGUACUGACUCGUCGAACAACUCUUCGGCUCGUAAACUGGGCAGUUCUGAUGAUGGGAAUACAAGCUCGAGCACCGACUCAUCAAGAAACUUUUCGGCGCGUAAAGGAGCCAGAGGUGGCGAGGGCAACUCCUCAGAAAGCUCUUCGGCUGAUGCACUGGCCAGGGGUGACAGCGGGGGUGAUAGUGGGAAUACAAGUACCGACUCAUCACAUCACUCAGCACAGAAGUCUUCGGCUGGAAAACUGUCCAGGGAGGACGAUGGAAAUACAAGUUCAAGUACCAACUCAUCACAAAAGCUCUCUGCUGAUAAUCUGAAUCAACUAGAAAAAAUGUCUAGGGGUGAAGAUGGGAAUACAAGCUCAGGCACGGACUCAUCACGAAAUUCAUCGAGAGGCUCGUCAGAUACCUUGUCACAAAACUCAUCGCAGAACGCUUCGGGUCGUAAACGAGCCAGGGGGGGUGAGCGUACUGCCUCAUCACAAAAGCUCUCGGCUGAUCAAAAAGAUCAUUUGGAUCAACUAGAUCAAAUGGCAAGAGAUGAUGAUGGGAAUACAAGUACUGACACAGACUAA